GGAAAGUUACGUCCUCGAAAUCCAGCACCAUGGAGCACCAAAAUAAACGUGGGAAGAAACAUCUUCACCUUUAAAAGAUUAUUGUCAUUGUGGAAGUGAACAUUAAUUUCUACGUCUUCAGUGCACUUCUUUGGCUUUCCACCGAAGGCGAGACGGAGAACAAUGCAUCUUGAAAUUUACGAUUAUAAUUCCGUUGUGAAUAUCAUAACCAGUCAAUGAGUACGAAAAAGAAUUAAUAAAACAACAUACUUAAAGCAUUCAACUAUCAAACCAAAGUUUGUAUCUAGAAAAUCUACAGAAAGACGUGUAGACAAAGGUGCUGAUUGCUGUAAGGCUAGAUGCUGGUUUUACAUCAGAUAGAUACUUGCCAUUACUUCCCUCAUCUCUGUGGCUGACUCAAAAUGAGCAAAGACAGUAUUCUACCCUCAGAGACACAGAAUGACAUAGGUGAUAUCAGGUCUUGUCGUCAAUUGGGAGAGCAUUAUCAUGACACGAAUAGCGAAAGAUCAAGUGCUGAGUCCGACCCUUACCCCAUAUGGGAGAACAGCUCUUUUAACGAAAAGAUGAACAGGGUAAAAAAUUCUCGUGCAGGAUUGGGUCAGAGAACCCUUCCGUCAAACCGUGGUCGCAAAGGUGGUACAGGGGUGGCGGUGUCUACCGCGAGUCUGGCCACAAAAGAAGGCCGCGUCACAAGCAAACACAAAGAACAAGCGCACACUGCUACAGUCCCUUCAUUAGCGGCAGAGCAGGAUUCCAAACACAUGCAGUCCCUCUCAAAUAGACUCCGAGAGUCGCAGAAGUCCUUCUUAACAGACAGUGAGAGGCGAGAGUGGUACGAGAAGAGGGGCUAUACGAUCUCCGCAAACGGCUUGAUAGUGCCACGACAUCAGCCAGUGGCCAAGAGCGAAAACGAGGAAAGUUUUAUCGAAAAUUACAAUGAAAAAGAGAAAGCAAGUUGUGAUGUAUUGUGCAGUUCUCCUGGAGGGGACAAGCAAAGAAGGAAAAACUGUGACUGCUAUCUUUCUUCAUCUGACGAAGGCAGUGGCAAAGGAAACUUUUCAGAUAAGGAUAUCCCUUGUAUUCCUAACAUGAAAAAGUUCAUGAAUCGUAGAAAACGUUUCAUCAGAAGUAGCCCCAGAGAGCAAACAACGUUUAAAGCCCUUGGAUGCCCAGCGACAAACAAUGAAGAAAGCGGCAGUUCAUUUCUGGACAACAAAGACAGUGGUAAUAGACAUCUGCUUAUAUCUCCAGACAUGUUUACCAGGCUAUACCCAGCUAGAGUGGCUCUGGAUUUCUUGAGUUCAGACUUUCACUGUGGGAACGAGCUGUUGGAUAUGGAGUGUUAUGGGAGUUAUGAAGACGGGGAAAACCACGUCUUUGAGGCAGCCACUGCUGAUGAAGACAUAGUCGACUUACACGAAUGUGGGGAUGUGUCAGGAAGUAACAGGUAUUCUCAAAUGGGCAAAUCGGUGAAUGUAGAUGUUCAAAAUGACCAAGUAAAAUCUAAGAAAGAGAUACAUUCCACUACUGAUGACCCAAAACAUGAAAUAAAACGCACAGCUGCAGCACUUUCGGGUCAAGGUGACGUCAUAAAUCAAGCAAAUCAAGCUGAGGGCCACGAAUCUCGUUACAGCGGCGCCAGCUUAAGUGACAGUAGUCAGUCUGAGAGCUCAACAGAAGAUGAAGAAGAGAUCCCUGGAGACAGCGAUUAUGUGAAAGAGAAAACUCAAGAAGAUACUAGACACACAGGCCGUCUCUCCCCCAACUCAAUGGUACGUACCUGUUACGCUAACCUUAUGUGUAGCAUGUUGAGGCAAAAUUCUGUACUACUCGACAAUGCCGAUAUGGAGGUAUAUAGACAGUCUCAUAGCUAUGAAUGUACAGAACCUGAUUCCGAAAUUGAUAUGGUGAUACCCACAGAACCAAAAUCAAUAGCAUCCAGCCCAUCCGACAAUCUACAAGACAUGGAACCAGUGAUAGAAGUACGUCUUAUGAAACAAAAACUUACAGAGCCGCCAUCAUUUUCAGACAAAACACAGUUUGAAACUGGGGUAAAAAUUGAAAAAUCCACAGAGGAAGAUAGCGCUUGUUCCAAACAGAAGAUGUCUCGGUCUGUAAAAACAUCAGACCAAGAAGAGUUUAACGUAUCCAGCAAGGACGAAAACAAACAAGAGCAUCGUACUGGAGAUAAGUUGCCUCUAGUGACCAAACAAUAUUCGAAUUGCCAUCAAACAAAUCAAGCUGGAUCGACAAAAGUAGACAAAUGGGGUUCCAACGACUCGAGGGUGUCGGGAUUGAUUCACGGUAAAGACGCAAACGAACACGACUCCAUGGAUGCAACUGUUCAAAGUCUACCAAGUAAAUCUGAUGAAGAUGUUCCAGGUGAUCUAUCACUUCUCAUUACGACAGAAAGUAAAGACACAGAAAACUUGGGAGAAGUAGAGACUGAUAUUACCACCAAAAUCAGAGUUUCACCUAUGGGUAUAGGUAACUCUUCUGGUGGUGGAGAAAACAGAUAUAGCCCGCUCCACAGCUGUAGAGGUCAAAAUUCCUCAAAUCUAGAGCAUAGGAACAACAAGCCGCGUGUCUCAAAUGCCAAAAAGGAGAACACAAAGGAGACACCUUCGCGUUCUACAGUCAAAACACCACCCAAAGACAUGGGUUCAAAUGUAUCAAAGUCCAGCCCGAGCCCUCGUCUGCCUGUCUAUCCCAUGACAAUCUCAGACCAUAAUCUCUACUGCAGGCAGAAACACCACUAUGACUAUGAGGUCGAAGUAAAUUCGCCUUUACGUCAGAUAUGCAAGGUUUCUUCAAACGAUAGCCUGAACUGUUCACAAAUAGUGACAGACUCGUGCCAAAACCCCCCAAAAAUGAGUACCGAAAAACCACAAGAAAUACAUUCUCGUUCGAACACGACCCACCUAACUGCUGACAAUUCUGGCAGAGUCUCCGGAGAGACAAUCAAAUCAGAUGCACGCCUUCUUCGAGAACAACAGGCGAUAACAAACGGUCAAAUUGAAACUUCUCUUGCUCUGACACAGUUAUACAAUAAGGCUGCGAGUCGAGCGGUAACAGAGAUACUCGGGAGUCCGCCUGUACCUCGGCCAUCGAUUAGACAGUCUCCGUGUACUUAUCAUGAAACCUCGGAGGUUCCACUAAACUGCGAACGACGGAAUAAUGGUCAAGCUUUGACUGCUGAACGAGAGCAUUUAGAAUACUCCAGUGAUGACAAUAAUUCACCCACACCAAUUCCUUUAGAUGAUCCCCCACAAUACAGUACUGAACACGGACAGAUCAUUAAGUCACACAAUGAGAACAAUUUCCGAUCAUGUAAAGAAUCCUUUGAGAAAGAACUUAAAAAUGAUAGGAACGGAGAUUGUGUCCAAUAUAAAUAUGAGUCCAAAGACUCCGAAAAUGAUUCAUGUUCAAAUGGUGAUAACCACAAUUACUCAAACUGUGACAGGAAAAGCAAAAAUAAAUAUACGGACAAAACAAAAAGCCCUCACAGUUGUGCUACGCCUGUGUGGUGCGAUGAAAAACAUGAAAAAGAAACAAAAGAGCAUAGAACUCAUUUUGAUUCUAAUAUGGGCAGCAUUGAAAGAAAAAGAGUUGAUGUUGGUGAGAGCGUAAAUAUGCCUUAUAUUCAUGGUUACAAAGAAAAUAUUGAGGAGUUUAAUCAACAAGGUGAUCACACUAUAAGUUCCCCCCACCAAUCAAGCUGCUGUUUGAAGAAAGAGCUAAUUGAAAACAGUGGGUCUCCCGCACAAGAGCGCCAGCUGUUCAGCGACCAAAGCCUUUUGAGACCAAACUCGGAUGAGCAAUUUUUGCCACUGGACACGCCCCUGUGUACUAACCAGACCGUUCCUGAUAACACACCAAAUGCUUCCAAAUGUGGAUCUGCUUGUAGUCUAUCAGAGAGUCCAGACCAGAGACAACAAGGUACCAGUGAUAUCGCAGGAGUAUCGCCAAGAGAAAGUCAAUCGAAAUCAUCUGAAGAGGGAGUUGCCAUUGGACAUUUGUUGGAGUUGCCAAGUAAACAAAACCAAGGGAAAGAGGAGGACAGCGAUCAUUGGGAUCGUAUACGAGCAAAAUUUGAAUUGUUUCAAGAAAGAAAAAAUCUCCAAUCUUACACAAACGGUGGAAGUUUCAAAACAGCAAGCAGAUCCUUGAGACAGAGUAUUAACUCCCGAAUAGAGACGCUCAAUAAGAUGCUUGUGUCCACAACACGUAGUGAAAGAGCUGGCGUUGUUGGGAACCCACGACGUACCAAACAGAGCACCAAUAUGACGAAAAACUUAUCCUCCCAGUCUUCCUCUACGUCAAAGAUACCUUACAAUAGUCGUCAGGGAUCCCAUCAUAAAGGAAAGGAUGGCUUUGUAUUGUCAAGUGAUGCCCAAGGAGCACAAAUCACUGAGCAUGUCACUGAAAAAGACUUUACUCCAAACGUGCCGUUCGACAGUUGUAUCACAGUCACCAAAAUUCCGGUGCGUGCAAAGGGGAGGCCAUCUCUUCAGGAAGCGGUGCAAGCGAAUGCUUACAGUAAUAAACAGCAAAAGGACACAAGCAAAAAGAAAUAUUUCAGUAAAGGUGAAAGGCAACCCUUGACCUGCCCCGAAUUCCAGCCCAGAAAACGAUACUCUGCUGAAGAAAACACACGGACAAAAUUUAGUAGUGAAGAGUCAAUGAAUAAAUCAAACAAUGCCAGUGGCGACUCUUGCACAAACAAUGUAAGAGAUACAAACCUCGUCCCCAAUGACAGUUUCACACAAGAUAUUUUCCUCGGAAGUCCUCGGGACCUACAACUGGCCGUGACGUCCCCUAAAGAAGAUACUGGAGAUACAGAAGGAGGAGCGUCGGCCAAUAACAUAAACCAAAACUCCCACAAAGGAGAUGACGUUUGUGUGGGACUAGUCAAACAUGGAAGCAGCAUUUGUUCCGAGAACGAUUCUCCAUCCAUCGGUACGUUACAGACUGAUUUGAAAUUCGAAUGUGCUGAUAUCUGUGCACGGUGCCUCGAAACAGAACUUCAUGUUAGCGCAAUGGGAGUAUCUCCUGUGUUACACUGCUUGUUUGAACAAAAUGCAAAUCUUAAAAAGUCAAACCUGCUAGUACUGAAUAAGACUGAGGGGUAUCCAGACGGUUCUUGUGCACCGUCACAUCUGUUCGACGUUGCAUCAACAAAAAUGUAUAACAUUCAGGCGUCUACUACCUCCUUAACCCCGGAGCAAAUUUUAGAGGUACCGGUAUCUGUAAUAAAGUCUGAGCCCCCUGGUGGAAACUAUGAGCAUCAAAGGAAAGAAAUCACGUCGGUUCUUCCUCGAAAAUUGGCUAGGUUUAUGGACGCAAAACAACCUAAACAAGCUGGUCUGUGCAUCAUGGCAAAGCAGACAAAGAAUCAAGACAAAAUGACCAUUGAAAACACAAAGACAGGUGCACGUAACCUAUAUGAAAACAUCUCUGGUGAGUUUGGAUUUAAAAAGACAAGCAGGAAAAACUACAAAACAUUGGUAGCUGAAGCAAGAGCCGGAAUUGAACAAAUCCUCAGUCGGAACGAUUCUCGUUCUGAAACGAGUCGUGCCAUUAAAUCAGAUAAGACCUUACCCAGCCAAUAUUCCAAUAUUUCAGAAACAACGCCCCGUUAUGGCUCAGAUAGGUCAACACAAUGUGUCCAGACUGAUUAUGUAAAAAACAAAAGUGCUAAGUACACCACUACCGCAGGUCAAGCUACCACGCCUACUUCCCGAACAUCACCACAGCAACUGCAGCAGGACUCUACUAGUGAUUCAAACAAAACCCCCGAUGAAACACAAUAUUUUAAAAACCUGCUCACAGAGAAGCAAGUUCUGCAGGAUGAAAACGGGAACAACUCUAAGGGCUCAGGAACAAGUUUGGCUCAUUCCAAAUGUACCGGUCUUCGCUCACAUGGCAACAAAUCAGACUUGCUUAGUAAAGCCGCAACUCCUUCUCCUAUCGGCAACGGUGGUCAGGCAGAAGAGAAGAAAAUAAAGCCUAAUAAAAUCAGGUCUCUAAAAGAAACGCUUAAAACGGCAAAGAAUUGUCGAAUACCAAUUCGAAAAUUUCAGUCACAGUCUUCCACGAACCCGUCCACUCAGUGUGAGUACAUACAACUGAACAACAUUCAGAGCAUUGUUAUCGCUUCUACCGUCGAUAGACAAAACCGCAGGACCAGGGAACUUGCACAGAUUUCCUUUAAAAGUUGCAAGAUGAAAAAUGAAAGGCUUAACAAUUGCUUAAUGACAGCUUCCAAUAACAUCAACAUUGUUAAUACUGAUGGCGUACUCACGUUAGAGAUUUCUGCUCAGUCAGACUCAGUUGCUGCCGAGGGGGAAGGAGAGUGUGCAAGCAACAGACAUAAGUAUAAAAAGACUGCAGUGUCGGGGCACCACUCUCCUCAAACAGAAAGCAAAAGUAAACAACAUUCAAAACUACCCUGUGUAUCCUUCGGUAAAGGUUCGAAAGUUCUGUCACAAGGAGUUGCUUCAAACACAAAGAUUCCAAGAUGUCAGACAGCGAAGAAGAGCAGAGAAACAAUGAAAAAGGACAUCAAAGAAUGCAAAAAGUGCGAAAGUGAAGCUGAGUCUGGUGGUAGAGAACACUAUGGAGCCAAAGAAAUACUGCACAAAACAACAGUUUCUUCAAAUAAAGAAAAUACAGUUUCUUCUGAUAAAAUUGCUGAUCAAACAAAGGACAAUGUAAAAAAAAUAGCAUAUGCCAGACAGUCUGUUCCGAUAACUGCCUCAGCGAAGCUACCCUGCAAACAAGGGCUUGGCCGAAGUCCUGCGAAAGAGAAAGAUGCUCUGGUGGGUCUUGUGACAAGUACAGCUGUCAAACUUCCUGCGAGUGAGAAGGGCUCCAGACUUGAAACGGACUGCUCCACCAAGACAGAGUCUUUGCUGGCCAGAUGUGAACUGUUUAGCGCGUCCACACCAUCAGAAGGACAUCGGUUCUCGGAGGCUGAGUCUCUUCAGGAGUAUGUGGAACUCGAAGACUGUCUUGUGAAGUACCAGAGAGAUCCAUGCGAAUCCUGCUUCUCCCAAAAAGAAGUGUACCAAAGUUGUGAAAGUCGGAUCAGUCACAGCCCCGUCAGGGUGGACGAUCAAACACAGCAAGUCGAAGAUAAUGUAAAUCAAAAGAAAAUAAUAAUACCGGUGCAUGCAAGUGCUGGCUCUGAGUUUCCAACUUGUCAAAAUCAAGCUGACAAUUGUGAGGUAAGAGUGAGGGAAGAGUCUCGAAAGGAAGAUAGCCAAACUGAAAGAAAGCCAGCAGUGAUAUCAGUAGUCUCUGACAACGAUAUCUCACAAGAUCUUGCGAAUCGACAUUCUGUCCAGAGUUCACAAGCAACGCAAGAUGAGGCAUUUGAACCAGGCACUUCUACUUCAACAUUUUCGCCAGGUGAAGAACUCUCAAGAACUGACCAUCUUAAAUUUCCCAUCGACCAGGUGGUGUCGGUUCAUACGACAGCAAACGUCUGCUUUGAGAGUCAAACAUACAACACCAGCAAAAUCUCUACUGACGAAUUUUCUGGUGGUUCUGGUUUGGAUGAAACUCAAGAAGACAUUCCGUCCAGCCUGCCUAACGUUACCCAAGUGGGCAGCUGUGGAAGUGUCGGGAGCAGUUCUUCAAGUUUACCGGACCAGCAGUUCCUUGACCUGAUUCACAAACGGGCAAUUAGUAAAUCCAACGGGGAACUCACUGAUCCAGAGAGCAUUCACGAAGACGAUGACCAUCGGAGAAUAUUGAGUAACUGUCGGUUCGGGUUCGUACCAAGUGAUGCUCACAAGAAUCAUGAAAGCAAAAUACCUUUAAAACGUGAAAAGAAAACAUGUUUGAAGUCAUGUUUGAAGUCUACAUAUAGUUUGGAGGAAUUUCCUAAACACUCUCAGGAAUUAGAUGAUGAUAACGUGUGUCUUUUGAACUCCACCGACAAGCAACCUGAAAGGCACUACAUGGGCGAAUGUGCCAAGAGUACAGAGGAAGGUACUGAUUACAAAAAGAACGAAACCUGUUUAAGAAAUACACUCAGUGGAAAAGCCUUCAAGAACUUUGAAAAGGACGGAUAUUCAGAAAUUGAAUCGAUGCACGACUUUGGAGAACACUCAAAUGCGUUGGAAAAUAUGGAAAACGCUGAGUCCCGUGUAGAUGACGUUAUGGUAGCUGCCCCAGAAACUAACGAAGAGAACAUCAUGGCAUUGAAAACAAAUAUCACUGUUAAUAGUUUAGGCAUUAAACUAUGUCACAGAGCUUGCGAUCAGGACAAUAACAUGACUUUACCACCCACUACUGGCGUUGUCGCGGAGUGCCACAGUCACUUUUGCCCCAAAAUGUCGGCGGUGUCUCCCAAUAUCCCCGAAACGCUACCGGACAAAAGGAAGCCGCCGACAAAACUCGCCGAGAAGUUCACCCUGACAUCAGAUGAGUCAUCAGAUAGUUUUGCUGUUCUAGAAGUCCACGAAGAUGUCAAGAAAACGGUCAACAAUGAUCACGUGACGACACCGGUAACACAAAUCAACGACCACUCUGUCAUCGAUCAGCAACCUUCCGCCUCAGCAGUGUCUGAACGUGCAGCUACUGGGGUUGAACAUCAGAAAGGGAACUCUCCAGCACUCUCCACUCAGCACAACACAAACAAGAGAGAAUGCAUUCCAAGCCAGAGUUCGAAUCACAGCUCGAUGGAAACGCCUAGCUCAUCCAACGGUUUGAGAGACGAAAAAAACCCGGGAGCGACGUCACCAUCAACUCCAAAGGCCGUAAUUUACUCGUCUGCAGAGAUCCCAGAGUUGGGCGAGAAGCUGUUCCGCCGGACGCCUGGACCAAGAAGAUUGACCAACAAUCCGCAGAAAGGGAGACUCACCAUGACCUUGAUCAACAGGGGAGCGUCUGCACGUCACCAAACACCAACGAAUUCACAGAAGCAGGGAACACUGGCAGGCACUAAAGGUAGAAUGAUCACUGCAUUGCCUGCCACUGAAUCUGCUGAACAGCAACAUAGUGACUGUUACGCUCCAGAAAGUCUAAAAGAAGAGUCAGCGUGUAUGGAAAACGGGAAUAUUUCUACUGAAGUCAGGGACAGAUGUUACGUUGAGCACAAUUUUAAGAGCAUCAGCUACUCCACGUCUGACGAUGAAGGAACUAAUCAAAUUCUUUCGUCCAGGAGCCAAAACAAAGUUGAUACUUACACUAAUUCUAGUGAUGAAAAUAAGAAAAUUAGUCGCGACGUGGCCUCUUCAGAAUCAAAUCAUACCAGAAAUUCUAACAUUGGGAGUUCUCCAAAGACUAUAUAUGAUGAAACCCCUACGCGAAAACCGCCAAAUGAACACGACUGCAUUAACAACAGCACCCACAAAGUAGCUACAACCCCAGCAUUCGCACAGGACAAGACACAGAACAACAGACACAAAAUCGGUUCAAAGUCCAGAAUUCCGCUGGUAAAAGUAAAAGACGCCCGUUUAUCAACUACAAAGGCAGAAAACGUGAACAAGACAGAGAGUUUACCUCCCCUGUCAAAAAGACAAAACGGACUUCCUCACAAGCCAAAGAUGAAACGUCAUUACUAACCCAUCCGCUCUUCUGAGAUGACAUGCUCGGUGUAGUGGGAUCGCAGAGCAGCUAAGCUAAGGCAAUGCAGAGGUUAUGCUGAAUCAGUCUGUUCUUAGGUAUCGAGUAUCUGUAUAGUGCAGAAGUUAUGCUGGGAACUCUGUACAAGUUAUUUUAUAUUUUUAUUGGGGUUUUUUGGGUCUAAAUUGAUGAUUGUGGGUGGUGAGGUAGGUAACAAACUUACUAAUAAUAAUAAUAAAGAAAAGGUGAGGUCGUUCUGUUUGGGAGGGGGGCGGGUUGCAUUAUCAUUUUUAUUAUUGUGAAACGGGAUCUGGGCGGCCUUACUCCCCUGACUUGAAGAACCCAUUUUGUGUAGAAACCGAAGUGUGCCAAAUAAAAGAUGCAAAUCUACAUAUUAUUGUGUAGAGCUUUUUCCCAAACUAGUCCUACAAACAGCAAGAAAAAUGAAUCACUUUUCUGUCUCAAAGUGAUUUUUUGUUUACAUGCAAGUAUCUUGUUUUUAAAUGUCGUGCAUUGUUAUAUCAUUUUAUGCCUGCAUAAAUUGUAAGUGCGUAACAAAAUAACAAAUGUAAUUAAAGUCUCUUUAUCCUCUACAAAUGUUCUCUGACAAUUGACAAAUAAAUUUAAUUUUACAGGUUUUGAAAUUUUUAUUCAGUAUGGCAUGCAGCAUUUACAAUUGUUUUACAAUAUCAAUCUUACACACAUGUAGAAAGAUCUGUCCGACAGUUUGCCCAGUGGCCACAAAUGAAGGUCUAUCUGACUCAUGAAUGAAUGGAUGUCUUCUAGCAUAGUCACAAUAUGUGUUAAAAAUAAAUCUACAAUGUUCAUUACUAAAUA